UUCACCACGUCAGCACUGAAGCCCAGCCUGCCACGUCUACUUCCAGCCAAUGACUGAGUGCAGCAGGAAUGCUGAGGAAUGGAAAAGCCAUCAUCACUGGGACCUAUGCUUGCUGAAGAAUAGAAAGAAAUGGCAUCUGCACCUCCAGAGACACAAAGUAAAAGAGGUCAAGUGGCUUUCACAAUGAUCCCUGACUCAGAGGCUGUCACGAGGAUUAGCUCAUGGAGAGCCCUUAAAACAGUGGCUGGCACAUCAUAAUAAGAGGAGCUGAGAUCCUAGAGAUAUCAUAUGAGAAGACAGGAAAUUGUUGAAGACUACGUCCUGCAAACACGACAAGAAUGACCCAGCAGAUCGGCAAGGGGCCAAGAGAAGCUCCCAGCUGCCUUUUCUUCCUCUUAGCAUGGGUGACAGUGGGACAUACCCACUGACCUGUCUUCCUUCCUCCUCUGGACUAAACGAUGAAGGGACAUGACAAUAAGGAAAUCGUCCUUUCAUGAACACCUAUCUGCAGACCCACCCGUGUGCAAAGGAAGGAGAUAGUCUGCUUGCCCUGAGCAUCAUGGUCCAACUGCUGUCCUCCGAAGUGCAGCAGCUGCUCCACAACAAAUUUGUCGUCAUCCUGGGAGACUCUGUCCAGAGGUCCGUGUACAAGGACCUGGUGCUCCUGCUGCAGAAGGAUUGUCUGCUCACUCCCAGCCAGCUCAAGAUCAAGGGGGAGCUGAGCUUCGAACAGGACGAGUUGGUGGAUGGAGGCCAGAAGGGCUGCAUGCACAACCGCACCAACUACCGCGAGGUCCGCCAGUACUGCUCCGGCCACCAUCUGGUGCGCUUCUACUUUCUCACGCGCGUGUACAACGAAUAUGUUCAGGCCGUCUUGAAAGAGCUGCAGUCGGACAAGUAUACCCCGGACGUAGUCAUCAUUAAUUCCUGCCUCUGGGACAUCUCCAGGUAUGAGCAGCACUACAUUGAGAGCUACCGGGAGAACCUGGAGAACCUGUUUAGGCACCUACACGAGGUGGUGCCCAAGUCCUGCCUCGUGCUGUGGAACACGGCCAUGCCGGUUGGCAAGAAGGUCACCGGGGGCUUCCUUCCACGGGACCAGCAGGACUUGGCCCUCCUUCUGGGACGCAAAGUGCUAGAAGCCAACUUCUACAGCUCUACCGAGGCAAAGAAGCACGGUUUUGAUGUGUUGGACUUGCAUUUCCACUUCCGCCGCGAGGAGAGGCUCCGACAGAGAGACGGGGUACAUUGGAACCAACUCGCACACCGACAGCUCUCCCAGCUGCUACUGGCCCACGUGGCAGACGCCUGGGGUGUGGAGCUACCCCAGCGCGACCUUGUGGGCAAGUUCAAGAAUGGCCCUGUGAGUGGAGGACCUGACCAGAGAAUUGAGAGGCAGUCCCAGGCCAGCAGAGAUCCACUGACCUUGCCCCCGCCCCCAUUGCUGCCUCCUCCCCGGAACCGUCCCCUGCUCCCGCUCCCAACCCCCUGCCCACCCCCGCCCCAAUUCCUGCCCCCACAGCUUCAUCCCAUUCCCUGUCACCCAGUGAUGUCCCCCCAGUUCGAGUUCUGUCCCCAAGGUACUUAUUUUUCCUCAGACCAUCAUUUCCAAUCAGAUCAAUUCUUAAAUUAUUUCCAUUCAGAUGUCCCCUCAUCUACCCAGACAGGGUUUGACUUCCAAGAGGACUUUAUGUGUGGUCCCCAGCUGCCUAGGCCCCUUUUCCCCACAAGCUACUAUCAGCAGCGGGCCCCUGUGGUUCACAGGGGUUUUCGCCGGAAUCUACGCAGUGGCCCCUAUGUGCGCCAGAAGAGGCAGCCCAGGUCUUACGGGAGACAGGUCCCAGCCCACCCAGAGCCAAGACCUCAUUAGACUGACUAGGACCUUUUUCCUCCUCAUGGACACGGACUGGACAGAUCCUCCGACUCUCCCUAAACAGACUGAUCUUUUUAACCUAAGCAGUUGAUUCCUACCUGGACUUCUUUUUGUUCAUUGUUCUCACCAGUAAUGGCAGGGAAGCACAGUCUGACCCAAUCUUUCUGGCCAUGGCCUCUUCCGCCACUCUCUGGAGGCGACCAAGUAUGAUUCCUGCCUCUCCACUCCCUAGUCUCUUUGUCUUUUUGUAAACAUACCAUUGAAAUAAAGAAGUUGCUU